CGACGACUUCUAACGACAGCAACGUACUGUACUUACCGCUCAGAUCUCCUCCCCACGAAGACACCCUUCUAGACUUUGAGUUGCAAUCACUCAGCUCUCUAUCACGUCCAAACGCCGACAAUUACAUCAUAAGAACGUACAGCGACCCGGGCGCAAACCCAACUCUCCUCCUUCGAAGCAGCAGCACGACCACCAUCAUGUCUUCGCACGAAAAGCUCUCCGCGGCAGCCAACGACCGGAAAACUCGCCUCGCACAGCUCAAGUCGCUAAAGCGGAAGCAAGCACCAGCAUCAGACGAACAAGAUGAGGAGUUGCAGCCCCAAAGCGACACCUCGACAGCGCUGGCCCGCACAGAAGAAGAAGAGCCCUCAAUAACCACAACCUACCUCUCCGGCCGAAACUACGACUCCACAACGCGCAACGUCAAGCUCGGCUUCGACAAUCUACCCAUUGCCGACCCCACCAACACGCUAGAAUACAAGGCGCAGCAGUUGGCCCUCAAUACCAAAGCGCAGCAAGAGGCGGAGACGGCCGAAGACAAGGGCUUAGACCUGUUCAAGUUGCAGCCCAAGAAGCCAAAUUGGGAUCUAAAGCGAGAUCUCGAGCUCAAAAUGAAGAGCCUGGAUGUGCAGACUGAGAAUGCCAUUGCCAAGUUGGUGCGAGAGAGGGUCGAGGCACAAAAAGCUGCGCAGAAGGCAAUACACGCGAAGAAGCCAUCAACCGACGGCGAGGGCGAGGAGGUGGGUAUGGAGGGAAGCGAGCUAGUAGAGGCUAUGCAUUUAAAGGAGCAGGACGAGGAGAGGGACAGGAGAAGAGACGCAGAGGAUGAGGACGUCAGCUGAAGCAUGUCGCAGGGUUAGGUUAAAGAUUUAGAUAUAGGUCUGCUACAGGAGUCAGCUCAGUUUACACCGAUUCGAGCAUCGAAACUGGGCUCGCGGCGCGGCAGGCUACGAUCCUUCAAUGCGUCCUGGAUAAGACGGGUGAAACAUGACUGUGCUCGCAAAGUCAAUACGCAGGUACAAGGGAGAAUCAUGAACGAGGAUUCGGCACUUCACGACACGACACAAGCAGUGCUGACUUAACAGUUUAUACUUAUCAAUUAAAUUGCAUACGUGUUCGCUACAUUAGCAUCUGAGUCUCACUUCUUCAA